AUGAACCGGCUCGGAUUACUGCACCCUAGCGAACUGGACGAAAAUGCCAAAACGUUCUAUGACAAGUUGUAUUCGUAUACAACAACUAAAUAUGGCGGCGGAAAGGCUGUUUUCAUGAAAAAGGAUGGUCGUUUUGUUGGACCAUUUGGUGCCGAAUUGCACACUCCCAUGGUCGGCGAGCAUUUUCUCGGCAUGACCAAGGCAAUCUCGCAACUCCCUGGACUGAGUCCCAAAAACCGCGAAAUAGCAGUCAUCGUCACAGGAGCAAAGUUCAAUGCUGCAUACGAAUUGUACGGGCAUAGAUAUCUGGCACUCAGUCGCGGGAUCUCAGAGGACGAAUUUGACACCAUUGUGCAUGGUCAAUGCCCUGCGAAUUUUACGAACGAGGAGAAGUCUGUGUUUGAGUUCGCCCAUGGUCUUGUUCAUAAAUCUGGACCCUUGUCUCAAGACAAGUGGGAUAAUGUGUUGAGUUCCCUUGGAAAAGAUACUGCUACAGCACUGGUUCAGGUUGUUGCGUUCUAUAGUUACGUUUCUGUGGUUCUCAACGGAUUUGACUGCCAGGUUCCCAAUGUGGACGAUUAG